AUGCCGACUCUCCCAUCCUGGCUUUCCAACAAUGCCAACACUAACGGAGCUCUUGCCCUCGUUCUUACCAUCAUUGUGCGCUGGUUCAACUCUGCACAUCCAGCUCCAAAGAGCGCCAAGGAGCACUCUGCACAUCAGCCUCACAAGAGUGCCGAGGAGGACUCUGCACGUCCGCCUCCCAAGAGUGCCAAGGAGGAGUCUGCACAUCCGCCUCAAAAGAGCGCCAAGGAGGACUUGAAAGACGUUGCUCUCACCAUGCACGACAUGAGGCAGAACAAGAGCCCACCGACUUCAGAUGUCACAUUUGAAUGUUUGAGUGGAGUGAAGAAGUUCGGAGCCACGUGGACGAAAACGGGCCCGAAGUAUAGAAUGGCCGAGUCAGUCGAGCUCGGCCUGAAGGCCAAGAACAUCCCGAAAGAGGUUGUCGAUGCCAUCAAAUUUCAUCUUGUGGAAUCCUCGGAAGUUGCUUACCAAGAAUCAUCUUCUGUGGCGUCUAUUUCAGCUCAAGGAAUUGCACAGGCAAGUCUUUACAAAGUCAUCCUUAUGGCAAAGCCCUCCCACAAGGACCCGCCUGAACAACAAGUGGCAUUGUCCGUGGCGGGUGUCAGCUUCGAUGCAGCCAAGACGGUUGUCGAGUACAAGGAACACGAGGAGCCUGUUCUGAAGCCGGUGACGAUCAAGGAACCUGUAAAUGUGGCGCAGGGAGGAUUGCCAGGACUCGUCCUAGGAGGCAAGGUUGAAUAUAAGGAGCGCACGGAGUAUGUAAAGGUUGAUGUCCGCAGAUGGAAGGAGCCUGUGUGGGAUCAGCAGGUGUUCUCAGCGACGCAGAUAGAGCAACUGUUUCUUCAAAUUGAAGGGGAGUUGCAGCAGUCCAUUUUUCAGACGCUUGCCAUUCGCCCGUCUGUGCAACCUGUGCCACCCUACGCUCUACAGAGCAAGCUGUAG